GCUCUGCUAUCCACUGCGGUGCCCCUUCUUCCAAUCCGCGAAGAAUCCUUCGCUAUUUUUUUUAUAGCUUCGUAGCUUACCGCCUUUUGUCUGGUGAAUUGAUUCUUCUUCUUAAGUAGAGGAAGUGUUCAUGAGCUGAGCGAUUUCAUUUCGAGGUGGUGGUACAAGAUCUAUGAAUGUAGAGCUGAUUGGAUUGUAGAGAAAGGGCGUGUGUACAGCGUGGUCGUCGUUCUGUGUCGCAUACGGUCGUGAGGAAUUGUGAAUGUGGCAGUUGUUGAAAUCCGUUGCCAUGGGCAGUAGCGAGACUACUCUGAGGCCGAAGGGGGACGCCAACCAGUCUGGUCAUGGUGGCAUCAGACAAUCCACGCACUACAGAAAGAUUAAGGAUGAUUAUGAGUCUGUGGAGGAAGUGCAACAAGCUCUGCGUGAUGCCGGGUUGGAAUCGUCCAAUCUUGUAGUUGGCAUAGAUUUUACGAAGAGUAAUGAGUGGACAGGGAAGAAUUCUUUUGGCGGAAGGAGCUUGCACGCCAUCGGAGGAGAUCUGAACCCUUACGAGAGAGCGCUCAGUAUUGUCGGUAGAACGUUGUCUUCAUUUGACGAGGAUAAUCUUAUCCCCUGCUUUGGAUUUGGUGAUGCCACCACCCAUGACACGGAAGCAUUCAGCUUCUACGCCGAUCAUCGACCCUGCGAUGGCUUUGAGGAGGCUCUGGCCCGGUACAGAUCUAUUGCGCCGCACAUACGUCUCGCUGGACCGACUUCUUUUGCUCCUGUCAUCAAUGCCGCCGUUGACAUCGUUGAAAAAACUGGGGGGCAGUACCACGUACUGGUCAUUAUUGCAGAUGGGCAGGUCACAAGAAGUGUUAAUACUCAAGAAGGGCAGCUGAGUCCUCAAGAGCAGGCAACUGUAGACGCCAUCGUCAAUGCAAGCAAAUACGCGCUGUCAAUCGUGCUUGUAGGCGUGGGUGACGGACCCUGGGACACAAUGCAAAGAUUCGACGACGAUUUACCACAACGAAAUUUCGACAAUUUCCAGUUCGUCAACUACACUGAGAUCAUGCUGCACAACUUACCUCCCAUGGUAGCAGACGCCAAAUUUGCUCUCCAGGCACUCAUGGAGAUUCCCCAGCAGUACAACGCGACCAAGGAGAUUGAAAUCCUGGGCACGCAAAGAGGGCAUUCCCCUGGCAUUGAACUCCUUCCCCCUCCACCCAAGGUCUUGCAGAUGGAUGAGCGUCCUAGUCCUAUGCAAGACGCCUGUCCGACUCGGAGCCCUUCCGAGCGAUUUUCUCGCGACAAUGACGGCUCUCGACGUGGAUCUGGAUUCCGUUCACGUGUUACUGAUGAAGGUCCUUCGUAAUGCAAUGUACAAUUGCUCACCUCUUCAACAAAUGGGACAAUCUCUGGCAUUAGGUAAGGACGACUGUACUUGAUAGUAAGUAAUUGUAGGCUAGCACGAGCUUGAUUCAAUUCGAACUUAAGAUUAAUUUAAGGUCUGGAUUUUUAUGAUCCUCAUAUGUAUUUACGAUUUUUUUUUACCACUUUCUUCAAAGCAUUUAGUUUCAGGUUUUUUCUAAAAAUGUGUGUUUGAUGUAAGUUCAGACCGUCAAUAUGACAAUGAUAAACACGGAACCUGUAAUGGUUUACAUUCAUGAAUAUU